AUGUCCAUGCAAAGAUCAGGAAGUGGUUGGUUUGAAACUUUACUGAAUAGUCAUAUGAAUAUAAGCUCCAAUGGAGAGAUUUUUGGUCAGAAAAAGAGGAGACAAAAUCUUACCUCGAUUAUUAACACACUUGAUAGAGUUUAUAAUAUGGACUUGAUUACUAGUUCUACCAAGAAUGAUUGUUCUGCUGCGAUUGGAUUCAAAUGGAUGCUUAAUCAGGGUUUGAUGGAACACCCUAAAGAGAUUCUUGGCUACUUUUCUAAAAGGGACGUUUCAGUCAUUUUCUUCUUGAGAAGAAAUAUGAUGCGUAGAUUAGUUUCUAUACUUGCGAAUUCAUUCGAUAAAGAUGCAAGGGUUCUAAAUGGCAUUCAUGUAUCUCAUGUACACUCGCAUGGAGAGGCUUUGUUAUUGUCGAGAUUUAAACCCACAAUCAAUGUAACAUCACUGAAAUCAGAUUUGGGAAAGAUGGAAUCAAUAGCCAUGAAGGCGCUUGAGUACUUCAAUUGCACGAGGCACAUCAUAGUGUAUUAUGAAGAUCUAAUCAAGAACCCUUAUAAACUUACACAAGUGGAAGACUUUUUGAAGCUACCACGAAUGAAAUUAAAUAGUCGACAAGUGAAGAUACAUAAAGGACCAUUGUCGGAACACAUCAACAACUGGAAAGAUGUCAACAAGACUCUCAUUGGAACAACUUACGAGAGAUAUCUUAGAUCGGACUAUUAA